AUGGAAGAGCUUCAUUCAGUUUUCAUAUACCAAGAGGAACAGAGGGAGCAUGAUCAAAAACAUAAACUGAUAGACACAAUACUUGAACUAGAAGCAAUGAAAAAGAUGAAUAGAGAACUCAACAAUCAACUCAAAAUAGCUUAUCAAGAAAGAGAUGAAGCUAGAGAUCAGCUACAAAAACUAAAGAACAAGUUUUGUCCAAUUGAUUUCCAACAAGAAAACCCUUUCAUGUUUCAUUCAUCGAAACCAAAUUCUAGUAUAACAGAUUCUAGUACUCUUUCCUACAGUUCACCCUCGUCGGUAGAUUCGUUCUUUGAAACGGCUUCAUCAUCUAUGUUUUCAAACACUAGUAUGGGAUAUCUCAAUCAUCAUCCAGGUCAAAGUUUUCAUUAUUUGAUGGAACCUAUUGAAGAACAAGUUCAUGAUUUUGGAAGUGAAUAUAUAAAUUCUAUUGCUAAGGAAAGAGUUUUGCCUCAAAAGGGUAAGCUUUUAAGAUCUGUGAUUGAUGCUGGUCCUUUGCUUCAAACUAUUCUACUUGAAGGAACACUUCCUAGGUGGAGAAAUCCACCACAUUUGCAAGACAUUAAUAAUGUUAAUGUUACUUCCAUGCUUAAUCUUGCUGGUAAUCAUCUUCCUGGUUCGUCUAACAAUUCUUUGAAGUAUAAUUGA